AUGUCCAAAUCUGUAGCAGAAGGGCCUGGACGCUGCCCACGGUGUAGCGACAGAGUUUACGCAGCUAAAGAAGUAGUGUGCGAGGGACAAAAGUGGCACAAAACUUGUUUUGGUUGCAAAGAUUGCGGCAAAAAGCUAGACAGCAUUACUUGCAACUCUCAUGAUGGUAAGUCAGACUAUAGCUAUCCACAAGCAAGGGUGGUGUAGUGGUUAGACCACUCACCUCCUACAAACGCAGUCCGCAUCGGGUUCAAAACUCGGCGUCGACGUCAUGUUUGAGUGGAAUUUGUUGUUGGUUCUCACCAAGUUGCUCCAAGAGGUUUCUCUCCGGGUACUCCGGUUUUCCCCCUCCUCAAAAACCAACAUUUCCAAUAUUGCACUUCGACCAGCAUAUCAGCUGCCUAGGAUUGCUACCGCUAGUCGUUAUUUAUCAUUACUGAUUGAGUUUAGUAGUCUGUUGGUUUACUCCUAGUCUAUUUUUAAGUCAUUUGAAGUAGUCUCGAAGUCCUUUUUCAACCAACAAGUCGAUUAGAAAGGGAAAUUCUGGCCUGCGACUGAACAAAAACAGCAAGAAAGGGUACUUGUUUUUAGUACAACCUUAAUAGACCAAAACUAAAUUUUCUUUAAUUACCUUUUAGCUGAAAUUUACUGUAAAGGAUGUUACGGCAAGUACUAUGGACCCAAAGGUUACGGUUUUGGGCAAGGCGCAGGAGCCCUUACUCGCACAAAAUGAAGACGAUGAUAAUAGCCGCAUUACUCUGAUAUAAAGUAUAGCUUGUGUUCGACCUGAUUAGAAUGGCAAAUGAAUAAAGUUCUUACAGCAAAGUAGUUACGAGUUCAUUUGUAAAGCAAAAGUAGGCUUGCGUUAUGGAAUGUCCUAGAGGUGUUCCCACCGUAAAGUCAAGCGUUUCUCAGUAGUAUGACUAGUAAUGCCUUACUCCUGCCCAUGUUUUAGAAUGACUGACAGUUCACCGAAACACCAAGUGAAAUAUUAUUUCCUGCUGGCAUAUAUUGGUGGGGAAAUUUUCGUGACAACCAACCUCACUUGAUAAAUCUCAUGAAGCAGACGAUGUUUGUAAACUGACUAUAGUCGAAGCUUCAUUAGUCACCAUAAGGAUACAAAAAGUGUCAACAUCUGGCGUGGAGCUAGCCGCUUUAGCCGUGAAUUCUUUGUUCGAUGAAUGAAAGAAGCAAAGUAGGAUUCUGUCUUCGACUGUACAUAACUUUGAUCGUGCAAUUACUUCUUGCAAUAUAUAUAUAUAUAUUCUUUAUGGAAAAACCUUUUUCGCUUUUAGGUUUUUAAAUCAAAAAUUAAAAUACCCAUUUUUAGAAGGGCAUCCUGUCCCCUUUUACAUGGAAGGAGCUACCCCCCCUCCCCCGCCCCCCCCCUUCAUCCCCCGCCGGGGUUACCAAGUUGUUGUUGUUGUUGUGAAGGGAGGAAAUUAUGUUACUAACGCCUCGUUUCAUUCCAAGGAAGAUAGAAUGUUUGGGAUACAUUAACGGAUAUUCUGGAUUAUUCCAUGUAUUCCUGUUCAUCCAAAAUAGGGUAGAUCGAACGCACCCUAUAAAAAUACUACGUGUUAUUGUCGUUUCCGGAAUUUAAGUCAUUCCUAGAAUUCGCGAUGUCGAUACCAGAGUCAAAAGAUUAAGCCUGUAGAGAGAAUUUCAAUAGCCAUAUUGGAAUUUCCAAUUGAUAAACAAUUAUAUUCUCCGUUUCGCAUCAUGUAUUGGCUUUGUCAAGCGUCCAAGAAAUAAGAAAUAAAAUCAAUCAAGGGUCAUUUCAGAACCUAGUUGGUCGGAUUUUAGUAGACGAGUGUGUGGUUGCUGCGAAAAGUCUGUUUGUCCGUUGGAAAAGUUAAGGUCUUUUGCUCGACGAUUUAAGGUGAGUUACUGUUUAAUACAAUCUAUUACAUUUCCUUUAGCACUGCAUGUACUGCUGUUACGCUAUCCCACUGAGUUUAAAUUAUAAAGUAGACCCCAAGUGGUACUGUACCUGAUGGUGCGGCUACAUUUACUAAAAUGCUCUGUUGUCAAGACCAACGAUCCCUUGAACGAAAAUAUAGUUUUUCUUCCGUAAAUCGGACCAACUUCGUGUUUUUUAAAAACAUGACAUUUAUUGGCGGGUGCCGCAGCUAAUGAACAGUUCAAACAAACCUCAGCACAACCGAAUGUAUGAAUGACUUUCACCUUUAUUAACUAUAACGCCCAAAAACAAAACAGACAACUCGUGUUGGGAAUAUUUCUGUGAAAAUUUAAGACACACUGUGUUAGCUUUUCUCUUGGCCUGCGUAGCAGACGUUCCAACUACCUCAAAGAACACCAGGAACACGGAGCGGAAACGCUUUUUCGCACGCUACCUUCUCCUCAUUCGCUUUUUUAUCUUUCUUUUUUGCGUUUAAUGGACAAAGGCGUUAUAUAAGUUACAUAUGUAAUGAUUCCAUAAUUGUUAUUGGUCGGUAAGCUGGUUUGUACAAACUUUGAACGAAACCGGAAUUCUGAUCAUCAGUUUCUGCAUCAGCUGUCGCAUCUUGAGAUUAAUGAACAAAGAAGUUAUUAUAUUUUUGGGAAAAAAGCAUUCUCUCUUUGCGGAUACUUGUUUGGAGCAUGUCAUAAAACUGGGCAAUGAAGUGGAUGUCUAAAACAUGAUCUUAACUAGUAAAACAUGGAUUUGUUUGUUUGUCUUUUCUCCGAUAAGUUCUCUUUAAAAGUUAUGAGCUGUUAAGGACGUAAUUGUUAGUUUCAAUAAAUGUACUAAAUUAACAGGAUUAUGGGAACAUUAUUUGCCCUUGUCACAUUAUUAAAGGCCAGAAAAAGUUUAUCAAAAUUCAUUAUUUAUUAAUUAAAAAUUCUGGACACUCGAAAACAUUGUAUGAUUAUUCACUUUGUACAUGAAUUUAACAGCUUCAAGUUCCCGCUAAGCUAAUCUGUGCUGAUGUAUAUAAAAACCAUAAAGGGGGACUAAUAAUUUUUUGUCUGAAUUCUUGAAAUCCACAUCACUUAACAAUUUCCAUCACUCGUGUGAAAAGCAUGAUCUUAAAUGCGAAAGCAAUAUCAAAAUCCGUUUACGAACCGGCUUUCCAUGUUUCCCAAUCCAGUCCACGUUUUACAAAUACUUUACGCUAUCCCUGUAUAUUAUUUGUUCUCUAUCACCGUUGGUCCUCCAUUAAAUCGAGCGAGAAAAAUGAGCAAAAGUAUUAACUCAAUCGAAUUUUUUAACUGAAAGGCAUAUUAGAGACACAUAAAAUAGCUUUAAAAAAUAACGAGAGGUCAGGCUAGGUCACGCUCUCUUUGGACGUAAAAUGACAUCUUUAAAAUUUUAGCCCUAAAUAGCAGCCCAUCUUCAAUCCUUGAUCACGUCCUCUGUCAAAUUAAAAUAAGCGGCCUGCUAUCGACCAAGUGGGGCAAAAACAAGAAGUAUUAUUUAUUUGGUAAAUAAAAGACGUCACUCACUGUGUUUGUAGCAAAGAACUGCUUCAGUUCUAUUCACAACGGAAUACUUACUUUGUAACUUGGUUCGUUCACGGGGAUGUCGCAUACAGACCCCACUUUUAAAUCCAUCUAAUGAAUUCACUCUUAUCUUAGCUUUAAGACAAAUGCUGUCCAAAUUUCGUUUAUCCUUAAAAGGCCUGUUUACACAGCCCAUUUUUUGUGUGAUUUCGUGACAAUUUUUUUGGCAACCCCAACUUUUUGGUCUUUUCAUUGUUUAGUUAAGGCGUGGAGGCAAAAAGACUAUUAAAAGGAAUCAUCCCAAGGCUAGACUUCUUUUUCGCUAAAGUUUGCAUGCGAACUUAAGACCAUCUUCAUAUUUAAAAAAAAGAUCAGAGAUUAACCAUCACUUUUUGUAUCGAUGUUUUCACGCAGCUGCAUACAAUGCCACUAAAGAUAGCAGAAGCGGCACGCUGCCCAAGGUGCAAUGAUAGAGUUUACGCAGCUGAAGAAAUCAGCGGGGCAGGAUCAAAGUGGCACAAAAAAUGCUUCUCCUGCAAAGAUUGCAGGAAAAAGCUAGACAGUACCAACUGCAGCGACAAUAACGGUAGGUCAGCGUUCAAUUGUCUGGUCACUCGUGACAACAAGAAAUUUGAUCACAUUAAUAGCCUGGCCAUUUAUCCCUAUACGAAAAAAUAAGACGCGUCUUCUGGACCAUUUAUACGAGCAUGUCUUAUCUAAGUCUUCUGUAUACUUAAACUUACUUUUAAAGUGUAAGUUUAUAAUACGGAGAUAGCAAUUUGAUUAGUAAAUAUAAAUUGUGAUAGUUUAAAAGGGUCUACUUACACCAGCAGAUGUCACGCAUUUUUCCAGGAGGUCUAUUAUCGCCUUCUCCUUACAUAAUAACAACAAAUCUUUUUCCUCCGCGAUGGACCGUGUUUCUUUUUACCUUUAACGGCGUGCUCAUUGUAUUUGAGCGAAGAAAAAAAAGCAGAAUAGACAAGGACACGAAAACCCGUUGUAAACAAUUUUUCCCCGCCAGUAGCCUGCCAAUCCACCGGGCAAGCGAUAAUUUUCCCGCCAAAAAUUAACGCGUGCGUACUAUGCGUUCGCGUCUUAUCUAAGACGCGAAGGUCAUUUCUACGAAGUUUUUCUCGUCUUAGCUAAGACGCGUCUCAUCUAAGAACAGGUGUUAAGGGCUGUUCUAAAGUAAGACGCGUCUUGGCUGAGUCGCGUCUUAUUUUAGAAGAAAUGUGCCGUUUAUACGGAAAGUUCGCGUCUUAUUUUUCCUCCUAUAAAUGGCCCUAUUGAGAUUGGUAGGCUACCCCCAGGCUUAAACUUAAAACUACACAUCCUGUAACUUAUAGUACUGAUGAGGAGAAGUUAUGUAACAAUCAAUUCCUUUUCUCCUUGUUUAUCAUUUCAUUUACCGUAAAUGACCUAAUAAACGCCCGGGGUUUGAUCCAAGUGGUGCCGUUUACUAGGUAGGAGGCGUUUAAAUGAGAGGGGCCUUUAUUCUCAUAACUGUAACAAGCUCGAUCCCUCAGGGUCACUGUGUUGCCAUCUUAAGUCUAUCCUUACUUUGAACUUGACAUUGAACAAGAUGAAAUACAUAAAUCCUAAUGUUAAUCGAGCAAGAAACUGAAUAAAUUGAAUGAUUUUGUUCCUUUUUGCUAAUUCUUCUUAUUUUGGAGUAAUUCUGAUAGGGGUCGUUUAUUAGAGAGAGGCGUCUACUAAAAUUUUAACAGCAUAGAGAAGGCAAAUAUUCGAGGCGUUUAUUUGGAAGUAGGCGCUUAUAAGGUCAUUUACGGUAUUCUCAAGACCUUUGUUAUUUUACGGAGAAAUAAGGGUUAGGGUUAAGGGUGGUACCCCUUUUGUGCUUUGUAGGCUGAAAGUAAAUUAUUUUCAUCUAACUUUAGGUGAAAUCUACUGCAAAACAUGUCACGGCAAGAACUUUGGACCUAAAGGUUAUGGUUUUGGAGGAGGAGCAGGAGCUCUUACUCGCACACAGUGA